AUGGACGCUGACCAGGCCGAGCUCGAGGAUUGCCGCCAGAGGCAGGACGACGAGAUCAUCGCCCUAGAGUCCAUCUUCGCAAAUGCUGACGAUAGCGGAACCGACCAGAGCGAUGGCCAUCCAGGCCAGCCCAGCGUCAAGCUCGUCCAGAGAGAGCCUCGCCCUGUGCUCGACUUUUAUCUCCCGGUCACCCUCCCCGAGCCGACCCGUAUAGCGGUGCAUACGUAUGUGCCGUACAGCGAAGCACCACAAACACCGCCAUCUUCUUCCACUGUCCAAGCAGACGAGACGCCAAAGGCUCUCUCCAACACGCCCAAGGGCCGCGGCAACCGCCACCUCAACGCUGCAGCAAGCACCUUCCAGCCACGCCCUAAUGUCACAAACACGCAAGAAGAAGCAUCUCAGAUGCUCGAACGUCUCAGUCUCAAGCCGGACACAAUACAGAGACCAUCGCCGCAACAGCCCGCGCUUCGUUCAUCGCGCGUCCUUUCGCCUAUCACCCACCUUGCUCCCAUAACCAUGCGAGUUGAGCUUCCGCCUACCUAUCCCUCCCAACAGGCGCCCAGAAUCAAGCAUAUCUCUGCACCAUGGCUCCCGGACCAUCCAAGCGAAAAGAGCACAGCGCACGAGUGGAUCCUCCGCCAGCUCGACGAGCAGUACCACGAGUCCAGCGGCAUCGAGGUGCUCUACAUCUGGGCCACUUUUCUCGCAGAAAGUCUCUGGUCGCAGCUCCUAGAAGAUGCAUCUCCCUCAUCCGCACCACCAUUUCUUCGGCGUCCUCCCCACACCGCCGAACCCGACACAGAGACAGACCCAGAUACAGCAAAACUGCACUUCCAAGAGUUUCUUCCGUCGCCGGAAGCUCCUUCGUGCCUCGCAUCCCAGCUCGUGGCGCACUCGCGCCUCUGCACACGCACCGCCUUUGACGCCUCGUCCUUCGACUGCGCCAUCUGCCUCGAGACGCGCAAGGGCCGAGCGUGCACCCGGCUCUCAGGCUGCUCGCACGUCUUUUGCUCCGAGUGCCUCGCCGGCUACCUUACCAGCCUCGUCGACGACGGCUUUCACCGACAGGCAAAACGUUGCCCCGACCCGGAAUGCGUCGCGCUGUGGAGCCAGCGUGAAAAGCAGAACCUCGUCGACCAGGAAGGAAACCUCAUCGUCAAGCCUACUUCCAAGCAGCAAAAGUCGAGCCGAGCCAAGCCGAGCCACUCUCCCUCUUCGGCCGACGCCGGCGUCAUUGUUGGGCAGCUUACACGCUCCGAGCUUGCGGAUGUUCUCGGCGCAGCACGCCUCCAGCGUUUGGACGAGCUCACGGUCAAGGCCAAGAUGGAAGCGGAUCCGUCCGUGUCCUACUGUCCGCGCUCCAACUGUCAAGCGGCGGUGGUGCGUUUGUCGUCCGACGAGAACUCGGGCCAUUGGGAGCGGUUUCGCGAGUGUCUGUCGUGCGGCUUUGCGUUCUGUGCGUGGUGUUCGCGCUCAUGGCACGGACCAACUUCGUGCCCCGUGUCGUUUCAGUCCGAACUCAUUCGGCGUUAUCUUUCGCUGUCCCCCUCGUCUCCCGACCGCGCGCGCAUGGAGCAAAAGUUCGGUCGCAAGACGCUCGAGACCAUGGUUCGCAGGUACGAAGAGGAACAACAGACGCAGCAGUGGCUUAGCAACUACACCACCCCUUGUCCGACAUGCGGGAUUGCGAUUGAAAAGUCGUAUGGAUGCAACCAUAUGACGUGCAAGUCGUGUCAGACGCAUUACUGCUAUCUGUGCGGCAAGGCGAUUUCGGCCCAGAAUCCGUACCAGCACUUCAACACGCCCGGACGCGAGUGCUACCACCGCCUCUUUGACGGCUUACUCGGUGAUCAAGCGCCACAGGCUCAAGAUGGAGUGCAGCAAGAGCAGGCGCACGAGAACGAGCAGGGGGAAGGCGCAAGACAUGACGGUCGUAUGCGGUUCGCGCUGCUGCUCGAUGAGAAUGGCAUCCCCAUCCAUCUCGAGCCUGAGGACGACGAGCUGGGCAACUUUGACUUUCUCGACUGGCAGCAGCCCGCAUGA